UUUGUUGAAGGUAGGGUGCAGUGUGUGUGUUUAUUGAUGAGAUGAAAGAAGAUGGAAGUGAGAAUUGAAACAAAGUAAAGGAAAAAUACUGAAACAAGGUAACAGGAGUGUGCAGUAAGGGAAAACGUGAAAGGUCGAAUUCGGGGACCCUACUGGAGCAUGAAACGCAGCUGGGAGUGGAAGAUAAUCCAAACAGAGAUGGAACUUCUUUCCCACUUUCUGGAAGACUGAGUUUUGUUCCACACACUUUCAAAAGGAGUGUUUGAAAGUGAAUUUCAUUCCAAUGCUGACUUUGAAAGAUCCAAAAACAGAUCGAGAAACUGCUGCCAGAAGCCUCUGCUGUAUGUAGACCAGAGGCUUGAAUUUAUCGUGAGAUCUGCACCCCUGCUUGCACAUCCCACUCCAUGUGUGGUUCCAGAUCAAGACCUCCAGACUGCAUCUGAAGACUUGCGUUGAUGGGAAAAGCGUACACGCACCUGUGUCCCUGCAGGGUUUUGGCAAAUGUGGCGCUCCAAUGAAGAUCAGCAGCAGACCACAGACAAGGACAGGCUUGCCUGAAGAGUGAGCCAUCAAGUGAGAGAGAAAUUCAGCAGAUAAAGUGACAUCAGUUUCAAGGGGAUGACCGAGCGCAUUCACAGCAUUAACCUGCACAAUUUCAGCAACUCUGUACUUGAGACCCUCAAUGAACAGCGCAACCGUGGCCACUUCUGUGACGUGACGGUGCGGAUCCAUGGGAGCAUGCUGCGUGCACACCGCUGUGUGCUGGCUGCCGGGAGCCCCUUCUUUCAGGACAAGCUGCUUUUGGGCUACAGUGACAUUGAGAUCCCUUCAGUUGUCUCUGUGCAGUCCAUUCAAAAACUGAUUGACUUCAUGUACAGUGGUGUCCUUCGAGUCUCCCAGACUGAAGCUCUGCAGAUCUUGACUGCUGCGAGUAUCCUGCAGAUUAAGACAGUCAUUGAUGAGUGUACCCGUAUUGUCUCUCAGAAUGCUGGCUCUGCUGGAAUUAGAGGGUUUACACUGAUUCCUGGGGAUUCAGGACAGGAGACUCCAAGAGGGACCCCAGAGUCAGGCACUUCAGGGCCCAGCAGUGAUGCAGAAUCGGGCUACAUGCAGCCUCACUCUCAGCAUGGCUUGGAUCGCAUUUAUUCAACCCUGUAUGCAGGAAUCUCCAUACAGAAUGGAACAACUGACCGCUCCUACUUUGGAGGAGGAGUUGUAGGAAAUUAUGAGGUCCUCCAGAAGGAUCCUCAUGUGCAGGAUCCCGCCUGGAUUACCCGAAUCCAUGAAAGAUCUAGACAUAUGGAAAGGUUUCUCUCCACCUCUGAAACAACCCACUGCCGCAAGCAGCCCCGGCCUGUCCGAUUGCAGACCAUAUCAGGAGGUCUGCACAUCAAGCAAGAAGCAGAAGAUGAUUACGACUACUACAGGCAGUCAAGGGUGCAGGCACUGGAGCGCAACGAAUCAGAAGAAUGCACUGAAGAUACAGACCAGGCUGAAGGCACAGAGAGUGAACCCAAAGGGGAGAGCUUUGACUCUGGUGUGAGCUCAUCCAUUGGAACUGAGCCUGACUUGCUGGAACAGCACUGUGUAGCCAGCUUUAACCGAGAUGACCAUCAAGAUCUCAUGCAAACGGAACAAAGUGAAAUUUUAGCUGACACAGCACUACAGACUGAUGGUAAUGAAUCCUCUUCUCCAGAAAGAAUGAAUGAAGAUGGUGAUACAGGAGGCUCACAGAGUGGUGGAGAGGUGGCAUUGCCCAAUGACAAAGGCUCACUGCAGCCUUUAGCAAAUCCUAUCAUAUCACAGCCUGUGCCUGGUACACAGCUAUACCUGCGCCAUUCAGAUGCCCUCACCAGCAACCUGAGAAUGCCACUCACCCUGACCAGCAACACCCACGUUAUUGGCACUGCUGGAAAUACAUACCUGCCAACCCUUUUUGCCACUCAGUCAACUGCCAGCAGCAAGCCCUUCCUCUUCAGCCUCCCACAGCCACUGACUGGCCAGCAGCCACAUUUUGUGACCGUGCCACCAUCCAGUCUGCCUCCAUUCUCAACUCCGCUCCCUGGUCAACAACCCCCAGGCCAGCAGGUCAGCCAGAACACUACAGUGGCUGGUCAGGGAGAGAAGAAGCCGUAUGAGUGCACACUGUGUAGCAAGACAUUUACUGCAAAGCAGAACUAUGUCAAACACAUGUUUGUGCACACAGGUGAGAAACCACACCAGUGCAGCAUCUGUUGGCGCUCUUUUUCCUUGAAGGAUUACCUUAUAAAACACAUGGUGACACACACAGGGGUGCGUGCAUACCAGUGCAGCAUCUGCAACAAGCGCUUCACCCAGAAGAGCUCCUUGAACGUCCACAUGCGACUACACCGCGGAGAGAAGUCCUACGAGUGCUAUGUCUGUAAGAAGAAGUUUUCCCAUAAAACCCUCCUAGAGAGACACAUGGCACUACACAGCAGCAGCAACAACAGCAGCAGCACUAUUGGUGGCAGUGGAGGAGCAAACAGCAGCGGCCCAGUAACAGUCCCUGUCCCAGUUCCUGUUCCAGUUUCUAUCCCAGAACCUGGAGCUGGGCCAGUGUCAACUAAUGGCGCCACUGGAGCAGUAACAGGGGCUGUGACCAUCAGAGUGGGAGCUGAAGCCAGCUGCCCAGAGGGGACCACCUACGUGUGUGCAGUUUGCCCUGCUAAGUUUGACCAAAUGGAGCAGUUCAACGAUCACAUGCGGCUUCAUGCUGCUGACGGAUAAGUAGGAAGCAAAGAAUGGCACUAGAAUUUUUAUUUUAUUAUAUUUUGCAGUUUUUUUUUUUUUUGUUUUUUUGUUUUUUUUGUAAUUUGGGGCAUGAAGAGUUCUAGACACUGGCACAUUACAUUACCCAGAGAAAAACUUUUUGGUAUUCUUUAAGUAAAUAAAUAAUUAAAUAACAGAUGGUGGCCUUAAGGCUGUGUAGUUUGUCCGAGAUCCACUGGCUGGGUCCCCUCUACUGGCCUCUAAAUGUACCUUCUUAUGAAACUGGUUUGGGUGUUGAACACUACAGCAGGCCGACUAUCUCUAAAAAGCGUGGAUUUCUCGUUCCUGUCAAGACCAUUUAUGGACACUGGCAAUGUCCAAAUUAACUGUGGUAUUCAGGCCUCUUUUCAAAAGUUUUUACCUGGCAUGCUUUAUAAAGUAAUGAUGGUCACAAGUUUGCCUUUUCUACCCAGAGUGAAGACGAAGGAAGUUACCGUAACGACACUGGCUUUUUUUUAAUUUAUUGCAGGGUGGCACUGGUACCAGGAGAGUUGGAGCGCAACCUGUGCUACCACCGCUAAGGUACAAGACAAUGGUUUUUAGGUUAGUGAAGUGAGGGAAAGUUUUUCUUUUUCCACACGUCUGAUGGUUCAGGUAAAGUUUACGACACAGAGGUGCGUUUUUAUACAUCAGUAUUUGAAAAUAAAAUGUUAAAAGUUGUUCCUUUAUAUGUAUACACUGCCACUAAUAUUUUAGAAGACUGUUAAGGCUGUUUGACCUCUUCCACUUAGAAAAUGUGAGUUUCCAAAACCUAGAAGCAGAAGUUUGUUUCCUUUUUUAUUAUUAUUAUUUUUUGUAUAAUCAUAAGUAAUGUUUAGCUUUUAAUUUGUGUUUUGGACAGCAUUAGAAUUGUGUCCAGCACCGCACCCGCAUGCUGUCUAUUUAUAAUGCUGCUCCUUAAUAUUAUUUAACUUACUUGCUUUAGACUGUUAUCAGCUGCUGUUUCAAUCCACUUGUUGUAAUUUCCUUUGCUUUUUGUACUUUUUUUAUUAUUUUAUUUGGAAAGGUUUACCUAGAAAGGAAGAGGACAGGUGGAGUUGCUAAAGAGCUUGAGCCACCUUGUACCUUAACACUGGACUCCUUUUCUAUGAGAAGAUAACAAGCGGAACAGAAAAUGCACUACUUAUGAGAUGUUGCUGCCACCUGGUGGCCAACAUACCGCUUUAUUUAUUCUAGCAAAGGUACAAGGAAGGCCAAAAUGAUGGCCUAGUCAGUGCCGACUUUCCAGCCAGUGACUCUGAGGCUUACUAAAAUGGUCCUGAGGCGUGGCAUACAGUGCCGCCCCCACACCUCCUAAUUCCCCACCAAUCCGUUGCCAUGCCUAGGACUGAGUGCACAGUGCGUUUGACAAAAACGAGAGAGUAAAUGACUUCCUUUGUAGAAUUUAGUCUCCUGCUACAUUUCCAUGAGACUGAAAGUGACUAUUUGCACAUUUCCUUCAGAUGUCUGUGCUUAGUAUUACAAUUGAAAUGUUUUAUUUCAGAACCAGAAACUCUAUGGAUAAUUUUGUAAAAAAGAAAAAAAAAAACUUUUUAAAUAGCUGUCCAGAAACUUGAGAAGAGGACUGCAAACAUGUUGCACUGCUGAAACCAAUAAGUGCACUACUGAUACCAGGGCUGUCGUACCUUCAGCCUAGUUUGUUUUUCUGUUUUUUUUUUUUUGUAUUUUUUUAGCUUUUCUGUUCAACGCAGUUUCAGCUUCCUUUGUUGAAAGAGCAAGCACGAUUUAAAGAGAGAAAGGGUGAAAGACAGAGCGCUUCAGUGACAUUUCCCCAUAAUUUUGUUUUAAGUCUUAUUUGGAAGAAGGGGAACUGUAAUUCAUUGUGGCAAUUGUGUGCCAUUUGUGGGCACCCUUCUUGCACUGUAGAGGUUUUUACUCUGUUGCUGUCAUGUUAUCAGUGCAGGUUAAAUUACAUUCUUGCUUCCUGCAUGAUUGCAAUGUUUGCAAGCCAUUUCUGCUGCAGCUCAGUGCCACCUUGUUCUUGCUGGAACUGGCACAAUUGUGAUGGUUCAAGGGUCUUGUCUGCCACUCUGGUCUUCUGCUUUCCCAGUAUAAGUAGAUAUGGUAGAGACAUUUGUAUAAUUCCACUAUUUUUGUUAUAGUUAUUUCUUCCAGACUGGUUACAGUAACCACUCUGCUUUGAAUGUAGCAGGCCUACCACAGGUUUGCCUAUGUAAGUCUUGUGCCUGUUACCUGCCCACCUUCACUGUAGAGUAAUGCACAUCCUUUGGUUCUUUUCUGGGUAAACAUCAGUGCACCCCAGAGAUUAUCAUACAGUAAAAAAUAAAAAAUAAGGAACCUGUAAUGUGUUAGUCUAACACUAAGCAAUCCUUUUGCUGAUUCUGUCACACACUAUGGCUACAGAAUCAAAAACAAAAGUGCAACCGACACGAUUAGAUUCUCUACCUGUCCCUUUUUCUGUGCUAAGCUGAAUGGAGCCAUUUAAAUUUUCACUAUUAGCCAGAUUAUUAGAAUAACAGUAUCUUAUAUAUAGCAAAUGAGCUUGACUGAUUGACUCAGUGGCCUCUUUCUGACAAACUGGGUUUGAAUGUAAAGACUGACAACCUGUAUAAAGGUAGUAUUGAAGAUUUAUGAGUCUGUAUUUAAAAAAAAAAAAAAAAUCUUGAUGUUUGUAAAGAUGAUGAUUUCAUUCAUUCACCAUGUUUCAGUACCACUUGUCCUCGUUUGUGGUUGUUUUAACAUUGCCAGCAGUAGCUGGCCCAAUUUCUGAACCUCCACGACUGUUGUGGAGCUUCCUUGGAUUAACAGUUUUUAAGAACAAAUAAUGGAUUACCCCACCGUGACAAUAAACAUGAACUUGAAUUGUUCUUCAAUACACUUCAAAAAGGAUUUAAGUGAGUAGGACAGAUGAUGCGUUGAACUCUUCAAUGUAUCAGUUGCGGUUGCUGUGUGAGUGGCAAGACAAAUCCCAACACACUGCAUUAUUUCCCGUUUAAGCAGAAAGGGUGGCAACUCAAGCUCCAGCACAUUUUACAUUAUGUUACUCAGAAUAAAGUUUGGAGACUUUAUGUAUGUAUCCAUGCAGAGUUUGCUGCUCAUCAUAUAUAUUUUAAGGCACUAAGUCAAUUUACCUUUAUGCCAGCUUAUUUUUAUGCUGUAGUCUUUACUGUGACGCAACCCUGUCAUUUAGAGUGGGCGCUGUAUGUUUUUAUUUUUUUCUCUUUUUGUAUCACGUUAUUAAAGUCCAGAUUCUCUCUUGCACGUGUGUUUCUGGUGCAGAACACCUGGAUGUGCUUUGAAAAUGCUCAUCGCCUUAAUAGCCAGAGGAGAAAUGUGCAAGAUCUCAAGAGACUGCACCCUCUCAGCAAAUCGGACAACUUCCUUUGCCAAGAUGGAGCUGAGGGCCAACCAUAUCGUUCCCAGGAGAUUCCUCCACACAGCUCCAGCAAGGACAGAAACAUACAGUGGUUUUACUCAUUUUGACAGAGAAUUUUUCAACUUUGCAUAUUUUUACAGAACUUUUUUAUGCUCUGCAUUUUUUAACUGAACAGUCUUUAUUUUGCAUGUUUUAAUUUUACUCUUCUGUAGUGCACACGACUUCCUGUAGAAUCGGUGCGGAAAGAUUUGCACUCGGGGGAGGGAGGACGGGGGCUUGUAGGUUUUCAGCUUUUUUAUCUUAUUGUAUUCUUUUUGUAAUAAGGGACUUUUGGACUUUCUGUUAGAAGCCCCUCUCUGGACUCCACAUCCAACGUCCUGAAAUGUGUCUUUUACAGCAAAUUAAUUAAUUAUAUUUUGCCCCAUUUGAAACCAAAGGGCUAGACAAAAAAAGAAAGAAAUAGAUGGACUUUGAUAUAUGCUGUAAAGGACUAAGUGGGUUGGCUGCUGUCAGUUGUGUGCUCUCCACCAGAGCAUUGUUUCUUAAUUCACUUCCGAAUGGCUUAAUCUGUGCCUUUCUGACUGACGCUACGCUUUGACCCACUGGUGACUCCUAACAGAAUUCAGCCUUAUGAUGGUAGGAAGUGCUCAUUGUAAUGAGUUGUUUUAUUUCCAAGCCUACAAUUGCCCAUGUCGUAAUAGCCAUGCCUUUAAUGAACAGCAGCCUGCAACCUUUUGUUCUCACCAUGUAACAGUACGGCUAGACUGACCCUUUAGGUACGUCCCUGUAGCACUCUACACAAGGAGAGCUUAUUAGCAGAUUUGUCUGGUUGCACCAUCAUCUUACCUAAAAUUCAGUGUAGCUUUGCAAAGCACUGGCAGCUUUUGCAGAAAAAGGCAAUCUGAGGCCAUUCAUUUGUGGAAAAAAUGAAAAAUCUGCUUUGGGCUAAUGAUGUACAGUACAUUGCAUAUAUUCAACAGACCUUCCUAACAAAACUGUUCUAAAUGUUUAAUCCUAAUCUCAUACAUCAGAGUUUGGCAGGGACGUUUUUCAGUCCAGCCAUUUUGAAUUACUGCAUACUUCCUUACAUUUGACUGCAAGUACUGUACAUAUCUCCACCUUUCUAUUUUCUCUCUGUCUUGCAGCAUGACUGGGCUCCCCUGUAAAAUGGAAAAAUGGACAAGUAGGUCCUGUAGGCAUGUGACCUGCCUCCUUGGACAUAAAACAACAAGAGAACCGACAUCUUUCUGGCUCAAGUAACCAGAUGAGGGAGGAACCACUGAGUUGCUCACAUUCUAAAAAUAUGUCACCUGUGUCCUCUGUAUUUUUAAAUGAGCCUUAACAUGAAAUCAUAAAGUGAAAAUUGAAGUUCUAAGGUGAUCUUCUAUGUAGUGGUAAUCUCUUACCAUCCUAGUGUGUUAACAUUUUGUGUUAACAGUGAUGAAGAUCUCUUUCUGUAUUUCUGCUUUGAACUACAUAAUGUUGAAUUUGAGUUAAGUGCUUCAUGAGUUCACAGUGUCUCAGAUUUUUCCUUUGCUCAAUGGGCGACAGCAGUUUGGCUUAAAGAGACACAGUAACAGAUCUGCCUACUUUAAAGUUGACAUUUGGCUGUUUAUUUAAAAAGCCAAUGACCAACAUAAUACUUUUAGAGCAUUUUGGUGACUGAACACCCAUCAUGCCUUCUCACCAUCAUUCCUUCUGGUGGAUGAGGCUGGAGCUGUUAAAAGUGCAGCACUUAUAACAUUUCAGUUUUCUGUGGAACCCUACAUUUUCCGGCUGAUGUGUUCCAGUUUACUGUGUCCAAUGGGUCCCAUGUAAACAAAAAAAAAAAUCUGAAAUUCAUUACUUUCUACACAAGUGAUAGCCCAAUUUUAAAAUCUUUAUCCCCCAUUUUAUUCAAAAUAUUUGGGGGAACAGGGCAGCCUUAAAAUCAUAGGACAUGUAUAUCAUAUCAACAAAUACUAUAUGAAAAAAAAACUUUUUUGAGGGCAGCAUUCUUUGAGGUAGCUGUUGUCAACAAUCACGUCAAAACACUUGGCCAUUGUCACACCGACAACACCGUGCUCUGCCACCUUUCUAUAAUCAGAAAACUAUUCCUCAGAAGCAGGAUGCUUCAAGAUCACUUCAUUGAAAUUUAACACUGGGUAAAUAUCCAAUCUCAUUAAUGGAAGCAUUUGACCAGAGAUGUUUUGCAUUUUUUUAAGAUAUGUUUAAAUUCCAGAUGCUUUCUCUCUCCUGCGAUAUACAUUUAAAAUGAGAAAAACUGAAGUAGCAGAUCUAUAAACUUAAAUUGUUAAUGAGAAAUCAAUCCCUCAGUGAAGAGAGCCAAACUGGCACCUAUUCCAGUCAUGCAGUUAUACACAAUAUGGUUUUCUUUCGGUCAGACUGAAAUAUCACAAAGCAUAUACAAGCAAAGCAUAAACCAAAGUUACACGUAUUCUUGCUUGGCAUCUGGCCCUGAACUGGAAGUUAAAGGCAGUAUCUUAAAGAGAGCCCUUUAGCUGCACACAAGUGAAAUCUGACAUUACUAUAGGACAUACUGCCACAUGGGCGCACCAAAGAUAAACUUUUUACAUCAAAUGUAAAUUACUGACUCUUUUUAAUUGAACUCUGUGCCUGGGUUUGCUUUUUAUUGUUCUGUUUUGGCACUACCUUAAUGAGUUUUAGAGGAUACUAUGACAUAUGUAUCUUUUACUUUGUUACCAAAACCAGCAAAUGUGAAGUGCUUUAGAAAAUUCUGGAUUACUGACCUGCUCGUUAAGGAAGCUUUUUUGUUUAUGUUGCUGUAAUAACAGUAGAUAGUUGUGAUGAACAGACAUACUGUGGGGCAGCUCAUUCAUUGUUGUUCAUGCUUGUGCCUAACACAGCAGAUUACCAGCUUUAAACAACAUUGAUAGGGGGAAACAUGUGAAUGCAAGCCACAACAGUAAUGCAUGUCUUUAAUUUUUUUUUUUUUUUUUUUUAAACUGUACCUUACUGCAACAUAGACAAAAGUGAAGUCUACUUGAGUAAAGAUUUGAUUAAAAGCACACAUCGGUCUCUGAUUAACUGAUAAGUUUGUAACAAAAACCUGUAAACUCAUUGGCACUCCACAAUCUCAGUUGGUUACCCAUGUGAUAGCAGGACUUGUGGGAGAAAUGGAUUAGGGCACUUUGAAAUGAAGUUGCUCUUCAAGUUAUUCAUAUUGAGGAUGUGUACCUUUCAACAUUAUCUUCCAUCUUGCUUCAUUAUUUACAUUCAGUUUCAACAAGCUCAAAUACUUCUUUUAGUCCAUUCAUUCAUUUGCCGAUUCUGCUUUUCCAGUACAGGGUCAGGGAGAGCCAGCAUAAGGCACAAGGCAAGAACCAGCCCUGGACAGAUCAUUAGUCCGUGGCAGGCCACAGUCACACUCAGCUGUGAAGGUCAACUUUUAAGUCGCCAGUUUUCCUGAACUGCACAUUUGUGUGAGGGAACUGAAGUACUCGGGAAGAACAACUUCCUGGAAAAACUGUUUACUGAAGUGGGAAGACAGCAGUAUUAACCAUUGCAUACAUUUCUAUACAUUGCAAAAAAAUUGACACACAUGGUUAUAAAUAUCCAUCCACUUACUAAGCCCAGGAGAUAAAGUUAUCAACCAGUAUAGAAAGAAAUUCUUGGCAACAUUGGGUUCCACAGUAAAUAAAGCUUUAUGACAAUCUGAGGCACCAAACUAUGUGGAAUGUGCUGGUCAUUCACAAGCUUCUUUUUGCUAUGUAACUAGUCAGGUGUUCUGCCUUAAUUACAAGAGGUAGUGUCAGGUUGUGUUAUUAGUCUGCUGAUGACAAUUUAAAGGGAUCUUUUCUAUAUGCUUUCAGAGCUCCGUUUCAUUCAUUUGUUAGCUAAAAGAGCCACAUUUCACCAGCAGAUAUGGCCAUGAGAUGUGUCAACUGCCUGCAGAACAGGUUUGUAACAAGACAGACAUAAAGGCUUCCUUUCUGCAAGAAGUCCACUUUCGAGCAGUAUGGCGUGGAACUGUAAAACUUUGUCUGUUGACCCUAAAGUUUAUAGUCGUUUUGAGCAAGAGAUGUGCUUUACAGUGUUAGCAGCAUGUGGGAGGGUUCAUUGUUGGGUCUAUUGCCAUAUCUUACUUUGAAGGAAGUUGCUGACCCUCAAACGUCUUUGGGUUUAGCUUUGAGAACAUUUGUUUGGGGGCAGAUAGAAUUUACCUUUGCCUAAUACUGUACACAAUGGUUUGUUUGUACUGGACAGUUCCCCUUUUAACUCACUGAGAUUAUGCAGCCUCAGUUUUCUUGUACAUUCCCCUUAGGAGCCGACACUGACACACAUGGAUCACUGUGAUCAACAUGGCUGAAAAAGCAGCACUGGGGGCUGUAACUUUGGAGGCUCUCAAUUAUGGUGGUAUAUUGUUUCUUGCAGGUUCCCUCUCUUUAUUGGCACCUCUGGAUCUUGGGUUGCACUUUCAUUUAAAACAAAUGCAAAGAAGCGGCCAUUUAUUCUGUCCAUCAACAAAGCUUGGCAUUUUAGACGACAUGUCCAAGGUUUACUGGACAAGGACCAAACCCUUCUUGUCUCUUUAGCACAAUCACCACUCCACUGUACUCCUAACUUUACUUCUGCCUUAGGCUGCUCUGAAUUCACUUUGGCCCAAAGGUAAACAUUAAUGUAACAAAAACAUUUUCCAUAAAUCCACCACUUUCUGAAUCUCACAAUAUCAUCAGAGAUAAAAAAAAAGUAGGGUGACACUAAUUUCUACUCCAAAGUGGAAAGGACCCAGCUGAACCACCCAGAAUAUUGAACAAGUGAUAAGGCAAGCAGCUCAGUCUUCAGUGUUUUUGUUGUUUAUUUUUUGUCCUCAGUCCAUAUCUUCCGUGUUUAUGUUACAUAGAUGCCGUAUAUUUUAGGAUCUUGGAGAGUUUUUGUACAUCUCGGCAGCAGGAAAAUUUUCUUUGCCAUCAGCCUCCAGUUUCUGUUUGGCAGGCGUAAGUCUACCCUGCCUUAGUUGAACACAUUUAUGAUAAAACCAAGUUUGCCCUUAAGGAUAUGCUGCAGUAAUGUUUCUCAACUCGAAUUCUUGAUAUGUGUUCGGAGUUGGCUUUCUUGUCUGUUUUUUAUUGUUACAAAAAUGUUUGUAAUGUAAAGACUGCUGUUUUUGAGCUGGAUAAAAAGGGGAUUUUUUUAAUAUAUGAGGGUGUUUUAUAUUCUGACUUGUCAAAACACUGGACUGUGAUUGUGUUUGUGAUGUGUCCGUAAGGAAUGGCCCGGCCCGCAACGGUGUCUUUUCCACCUUUCUGAUUAAAGUUCAGAAUUGCUAACGAGGAGGCAGGAGAUCAUCGGUCUCCAGUGUCUUCCCCAGUGUAACCCUGAUUGAUCCCUGCUUGUAAUGAGAUAGCGUAGUGAUGUGCCACAGCCCCCUCCCCACCCCCACUGAGAGAUGCCCACUGCAGGCACAAGCUCAGAGGCAUUUUAUUGCUAAUCAGCAGAUUUGCCUUUUAGUGAUUUGAUUCUUAAUUUAAAAAUGUAUCUGCAUACACAGAACACGUUCCUUGUUGAAGGGGGGGGGCUGUCAUGAAUGAUUUAAUAUUCAAAAUUUAGCCCAAAUGUUUAACUUCAGAUACCAAAAAAAAUUGAAUAGUCCCAAAAAAAAAAAAAAAAAAAAAAAAAAAGAUGUGUGAUGCCCUGGAGGUCACUGUGCUAAAGACCAAACAGUUUUUUCUAUUAUUUGUUUUGUGCUCUAUAAAAAAGGGAUACCAGUCAAGCACCUUUAAACUGAAAAAGGUGAGGGUUGGCAAAAAGAUGCAUCACCCCUAAUUGAGAGAUGCCAUUGCAGUCAAGUCCUUCUAAGGUGGGCAAGUGUGGCUCUUUUAGGCCAAGUAACAGCACCUUCAUGAAUUUGGGUUGCACUAACUGAGUCAUGGUGUUUUAUGUGCGUAGCAAUACACCUCUGUGCCAGGCAGAGAGGUGUCAGGAAAGGCCAGAUGGCAAAGCAUCGAAGAUUUCACGUGGAGAUAUUUAAUAUGGAUUUGUGAUGGCUUUCCAAGCCACUUACCAAUCGAAAACCUAAUCACACUUCCUCUAGCAGAUCAUGCAAGUUUUAUCCCAAGUCGCUGGGUACAAAGUCUAAACAACAACCAAAUCUGCCCUUCUUUCUGCUUCCUCUAGUGAUACGUUUGGCAUAGGAAAAAGGUUUUGGUUGCAGGUCAACGACCACAGUAUGAAUCUAAAGUAUUGCAUUAGCCGUAAGGGCCAAAGCCACUGCAUUCAGCCCUGGCUGCUUUAACCAAAAACUCUGCAGUAUUGCCGUUGUUUUGCUCGACCUCCAUACCUAAACGUGUCACGUUACAGAGGAAGCGCAGUGACGUGCCUUCUGUUAGCUUCUCAUUGAACAAUCAGAGUCGAUGACCGGAAAACUGCUCCAGCCAUUCUAGGCAAACACUUUUUGCACUAAAGCCUACCCACCGCUAGUGUAAGCCAAUCACAACACCAAAAAAAAAAUAAAUAAAUAAAUCUAGCCACAUCACAAAGUAAGGGUUCAUAGCAGUGAACUCAAUCCAUUUUAGUAUCUCCACGUGUAGCAUCCUCUCCAAUCCACCCACUGGCUUCAAGCCAAGAGGGUGCAGGCCUUUUCGCACCUCUGCUUUGCCAGGUCAGGCGCUACUGGUUAAACAAAGACAGUGAAAACUAGCAGUUUGUUUAUUUUAUUCCAGUUUGCUUUCUUUCUGUUUAUGUUGGAAAAUAAAAUCAACUAAAUGUCAAUUGAAGACGCAUGUGGUUGCUUCGGGACCUUUGGACUUUUUUCUUUUUAUUUUUCUGUUAUCUUCAGACAGGGGAAUCAAACUGAAAACAUAAUAAGAAAUCUAUACAAGAGACUUUAAAAGCACCUUACACGUGGCAGCCUAAUGAGAAAAGGCUGUCACUUUAUUGUUUCUUAUUUAGCACCUUAAUAUAUGUUUUAAGUCUCCUGUUGUUUAAGUUGUUGUCCAACAUUUCACCUGUUUAACUAAACUGCCUUGUAUAUUAUUUAAGGAGAACCUUUAUCUGUUUUCUACAAAUAUUUAAAGGCAUGUGCCAAAGUCCCGAAGCUGAUCCCUGUGUCUUCUCUCAGCUCUUAGUCAUAAUCACGCUAUGUCAUUUAUGAGACCUGUAUUGUACACCUUCCUUUCAAGUGCUUUAAAAAAAGAAAAUUCUACCAGUUUUAUUUUAGCCGACCGUAUCCUAACUUGCCAUUUACAAUUAGCCCUGUGCUUCACGUAUAUUUACCUGUGAUGUGUAUUCGUUACUAUAAAGAAUAGCCGUAGUGCUUCAUUACGUUCUAUAUUAUUGUGACUUUUCGAAAUACUGUGAAGACUUAUCUUGCGUAUACUUUAUACAGAAGUAUUAAGCCUUAAUACAAAAGAUAAAAAGAAAAAAAUGUUGUGUGGAAGAAAAAAAUGAUUGUUGCUAAGUAAGGAUGAAGAUUUUUUUGUAAAUGUUACCAGCACUUUUUUUUGUAAGUUUCACUUUCUGAGGUAUUGUACAAGUUCACGCUGUUUGUGAAGUUUGAAUAUGAAGGAAAUAAAAACUCUAGUACUUUCCUGUACUUUACUCAA